CUCACAAUAUGACCCUACCCGUACAAUCAGAUUAUAUCACCACUUUCCUCUGCGGCCUACUCGCUUUCAACAUCCUCCUCCUCAUAGCAACUCUCACCACAAUUCCGGCAAUCCUGGAUAGUCCCCUCCUCGGACCGCUGUAUGCGCUAUGUCUGCAAAUUGUUGUGGCUGUCUUUGCAGUUCGGUUGUUUUAUCAAGUCACGAAUCAGACGUUUCGAUUGAGGAACAAAAAGGCCAUCGUUUUGGUACUGGUAUAUGGUGUUUUUCCUUUGCCGAUCAUGGUGGUUAAGGUUGCCGGCGGAUUGCUUCCGAUGAUGUGUGGGCGUCGGUGUUAG